AAAAAGGCCACCCACUGCAAACCAAAGAAAAACCAGAACAAGGAACCCCAAGGAAUCUCUGGUUCUUUGGGUUCCAGGACUUCCUUGGCUUUUGCUUCUGCAAGUAAUUUUCCAUCAAAACAAACCAUGCCUCGAGAGGUAAUUAGUCAUCUUUCUCAGCUUUGAUUCCCCACCUCAGAAGGGAAGACAUAGCCCUCUUCUCCCUUAUUGUCUAUUUGUCUUUGCUUCUGGUUUUCCUUUCAACAUGGUCCAAAGGAAGGUACAAACCAAGCUUGCAAUCCAAGUAGAUCCUAAUGUCAAGUUCGAGAAGCGGUUGGUAAACCUUAAACCAUCUUCUCAGUUCCAAGAUGGCAAAAAUAGAGGAGGAGCUGAUUUGAAGAAGAAGAAGAUGAAGAAGUCAAGAUCAACCAAGCUUUCAGAUAUUGACAGCUUGAGAUCACCAUCACCAUCUUCAUCACUUCCUUUGAGAAAUAGCAUGUCCCUGCCCGGAAAGCCACUGCCUCUCAAUGUUCAAAGCAUUUCAGCAGCAGCAGUCCCUCUGAAGCAGGCUCUCACCAAAACAACUGAUGGCUCAGCACCAAACUAUAUGAAGUCCACCAGCUGUUCAGUUGCAAGGAAGGAGCAAUCACAGGUUAGUGUUAGAAAUUCUCCGGUUAAUUCGGAUAGUAGGAAUCAAAACCGAAGAAAUUUGAGCAACUCAAAACUUAGCUCUGGCUCUAUCAAUAAACCAGCUCGGACAUCUAGUCUGAAGUUGGUGAGAACUCUAAUAAAGUCUCCUAGUUUUAAGCCUGCAAGAACUUCAGCCAAGAAAAAUUCCAGGGUUGCUCUUUGUGAAGAUGUAAAUAUUCAGAAAGCAACCUGUUCUUCAACACUGAAGGACUCCAAGUUUCCCGAGUAUCUGAUGAUUAGUCCUGGCGGAACAGAAGCUGAGGGAACUUCAGUGAUGAAGGUUUGCCCCUAUACUUACUGCUCUCUCAAUGGACAUCAUCAUCAACCUGUGACUCCACUGAAGUGUUUCUUGUCGGCACGAAGACGGUCUUUGAAGAACCAGAAGAUGGUGAAACUGCAAGCUCUAAGUCCUCGUAAAUCAAAGCCAUCUAAUAAGGGAAUGAAUGAAAAUGGUUUGAAGCAGAUGUGUUUUAAUGAUAAUGAAAAACCUGCUCAACAAGAAGUGGGGAUCGAUUACUUUGUUGAAAUAUUUGCUAAAAGCAAGGACGAUGAUGCUCAAACAAUUGUGAAGAAUAUACCUGAAGCAGAAAUUAUAGAUAGCUUUCCCGGGGAGGAGCAAAAAGAAGAUGUGGCAGAUGAAGUAUACCAACCUCUGGAUCAAGAAGCAGAUGAAGUAUACCAACCUUCUUUGGAUCAAGAACCUGCCAUGCGAAGUUGUUCGAGUGAGAGUGAAUCGGAUGGACUUUCAAGCAUUGAAGUGGAUUAUGCCAAUUCUGAAGCAACUGAGAUGGAGUGGGAGGAAGGCCAAUUUUCCGUUGCAGUGCUGGAUGAUGAAUCCGGUUCAAAAGCUGGGCUUUCAUCAAUUCAAGAUGGUGAUAUGCAUGAAGAACCUGUGAUCAAGUUUGAUGCCAUUGUUAGUAACUGCAACGACAUCAUUCAUGAUUACUAUCAAGUACUGCAAGAACUUUUCGAAGAGACAACUCCAUCAGUUGAAAUUCAAUUAAACAAUGAUGGCACAAAACAAAAUUUGGACACUGAAGAUUCUGAUAGAAUGAGUUACGACCAAUAUUCUUACACUGAGGAUUCAUUUGAAGAGGACAAUGAACUAUCAGAGACAGAAAUAGAGAUAUCUUCAUCUUCAGUAGAGGAAGCAGCAACUGGUGAGGAAAUUCAAGAGAAACCUGGAGUUCUCAAAGCAGAGGAUCAGGAAAUGGAGUCCCAUCUUGGAAAUGUUGAAAGCCACUGCACUGCUGCUAGUGAGACAGAUGAAGCUGCAGAUAGCCAACCAGGGAAUGAAGAUGAUGGAACAACUAUGUCAACAAGUAACCAAAUUUCUAAUGCCACUCAGGAUAACAGCACAACAUACGGAGCUGAAACAAAUGAAGAGAAAGAGAACUCAGGAAUAGAUCACAAUGUUGUCAUGGCUGUUUCAGGAAAUCAAAUGGAAGAGGCACAGGAAGUUGAUGAUUCAAAAUCCUCCGCAGAUACCAAGAAUCUCGAUUCAGCUAAGACUAUGGUUGUACACGAUGAAGAUGCUAAUAAGGUUGGUGAUAAUGCAGACACUGCCAAAGAUUAUAACUCAAGCCAAGAUAUUAUUGAUGAAACCACUUCUGUUAAGAGUGAAGAUAACUUGGCUGAUGGGGAGUACACAGAUAAUGCUAAAGCAGAGAAACAUAGCUUCACAGAUGAGGAUCAAAGUGAAUUUAAGAAGGAAAAGAUCUCAAGUUCCACUGAAGGUGAGGAACAUAGUGAUCUAAAGCUGAAGAAAAUAGGUUUGGCAGAAAACAGUGUCAGAUACAUUGAUAGAAUGGAAGUGGACAACAUUUCAAAGCCAGAUGCAGCAGAAACUUUCUUCAUGGCCACUACCAGUGCCAGUCCAGGGAUGAAGAGGAAGCUUUCCCAUAUAGAAAGCAAUUCUGACGAAGAACUGCUAAACACUAACCGGAAAUGGAAAAUCAACUGCAAGAGAACUAUCAAGGAUGAGGAGGAACUACAGAAAUACACUCAAACAGAACCCAAUUACCUGCCGUUGAUUCCUGGUCCUGAAGCAGAGAAGGUUGACUUGAGGCAUCAGAUGUUGGAUGAAAAGAAAAAUGCAGAGGAAUGGAUGCUCGACUUUGCAAUCCAGCAAGCUGUAACCAAACUCGCUCCAGCUAGGAAGAAGAAGGUGGCAUUGCUUGUUGAAGCUUUUGAAAAAGUCAUGCCAGCGCCAAAAUAUGAACCCCGUUUGAAGCAUUCUUCAACAGCCUUCAGUCAUGCAAGACCUAUGCAAGCUUGUAGCUGAUGGUAGUCACUGAGGAGGAAAUUUCAGAAUGCUAUAUCUACAAUGAGUCAAUGAAGUAGGAGAACCAGAGAAACAAUUACCAUUGCUCAGCUCCUAUCCGAAUUUCUAGAGAGGAAAAGCUUCAUGAAGUGAUGACACUCAACAUUUGGAAUAAAAUCUGAGAUGUGGUUAUUGUAGUGUACUUUUCACAAUAUUUUAUGUAAUGCCAGUUUACCAUUGUUAUGGUGUUGAAUCAGAUUUUAUUAAGCAAUAUUUUGCUGUUGCAAGAGGGGAUCUACCUCUCAGACAUUGUAAUAUUGCUGUUUGAUAUAUGAAUUGCAAAAUAACUGUUAUGUUUGUUC